UGCCGGCCCGGGGGCAGCCAUGGCGGCGGCGGUGAUCGGGCGGGCGGCGGCGGGCGCGGGGCUGCGCGGGGCGCGGCGGCGUCAAAGGCUGGGGCUGCUGCGGCGGGGCUGCGCCGGGCUGGCGGUGGAUGACACGGUCAACGGGCUGAGCGACGAGCAGCGGCAGCUUAGACAGACCAUGACAAAGUUCUGUCAAGAGCAUUUGGCUCCGAAGGCCCAACAGAUUGACCAGGAAAACGAAUUCAAAGGCAUGCGGGAGUUUUGGAAGAAACUCGGGGAACUGGGAGUUCUGGGGAUCACGGCUCCUGUGGAAUAUGGUGGAUCUGCUUUGGGGUAUCUGGACCACGUGCUGGUGAUGGAGGAAAUUUCUCGUGCGUCAGCAGCCGUCGGGCUCAGUUACGGCGCCCACUCAAACCUUUGUAUCAACCAGCUGGUGCGAAACGGCAACGAAGCCCAGAAAAACAAGUACUUGCCCAAGCUAAUCAGUGGGGAGCACAUUGGAGCCUUAGCAAUGAGCGAACCCAAUGCUGGAUCUGACGUCGUGUCCAUGAAGCUGAAGGCAGAUAAGAAAGGAGACUACUUUGUUUUGAAUGGGAACAAAUUUUGGAUCACCAAUGGGCCAGAUGCAGACGUUCUCAUUGUUUAUGCCAAAACUGAUGUUAAUGCUGUUCCAGCCUCCCGAGGUAUAACUGCGUUCAUUGUGGAGAGGGGAAUGCCAGGUUUCAGCACGGCCCAGAAGCUCGACAAGCUGGGAAUGAGAGGGUCCAACACCUGCGAACUGAUCUUUGAAGACUGCAAGAUCCCCGCUGAAAACGUCUUGGGGACGCUGAGCAAAGGAGUCUACGUUCUGAUGAGCGGAUUGGACCUGGAGAGACUCGUGCUGUCUGGUGGGCCACUGGGGCUCAUGCAAGCUGUUCUUGACCACGCAAUUCCAUACCUACAUGUAAGAGAAGCGUUUGGACAGAAAAUUGGCCACUUCCAGCUGAUGCAGGGCAAAAUGGCUGACAUGUACACGCGGCUGAUGGCCUGCCGGCAGUACGUCUACAACGUGGCCAAGGCCUGCGACCGGGGCCAUUUCAAUGCCAAGGACUGCGCUGGAGUGAUCCUGUACGCGGCAGAGUGCGCUACCCAGGUGGCUCUGGAUGGGAUUCAGUGUCUGGGUGGGAACGGUUACAUCAACGACUACCCGAUGGGGCGCUUCCUGCGUGAUGCCAAGCUCUAUGAGAUAGGGGCCGGCACCAGUGAAGUGCGCAGGCUUGUCAUCGGCAGGGCCUUUAAUGCCACUUUUAAGUAACAUCCCCCAGUGGAGAGGCAGCACCCCGACCACCACGAGGCCUUUGACCAUAGGGGCUGGAGCGCACAACUCUUUUUCUUCCUGCUUGUGAUUCUGCAGUCGUCACUUGUGGACUCUUUGCCUGCUCUGUGAACAGAUGCUGCCGGACUGGCCUUUGACAAAAUGAAUCAGAUGGUAGCACGGAAGGAAAAGUGGGUUUUUCUCUUCUUGUGAUCAUCCUGAUUCAUCCUCUUCAUAGGCCAUCCUGAUUCUCAGCGUCACAGGGCUGAGGUUCAUCCAGGGGACAUAUUGCCAUCGAAGCCGGCUGGUGGGCAGCCAUUGCUGAGCACAGAAAGUCACCCCAUACCCCCACCACCCAAAAAAAGGACAAUGAGGGAACAAUUUUGUUCUUAAAAAAAGCCAACCUGAGUGCCAUUAUAUAGCUGGCAUUUAGCAUAUCACUAGCGGAAGGUGAAAUUUCCCAUUGUGACCUUGCAAUGGGAUUAAUAACUUCCAUUUUGGGAACUCAACGCCAGCCACAUCAUGGGGUCGGCUGUCAUGAACUCUCAAUCGUCAUCAAUGCCCAAGCAGUGUUUUAGGGGAUGAUCCCUAAAACCUCGUUAAAAUACCACAGCUCUUUCUUUGCCGACUUCCUUUCCUGUUCCUGCUGCUUCUCGAGAUCUUUCGGUGCAGCCCCGAGUCUUUGCUGCGCUGAUUGACUGCCUCCCGCUGCGUUAUUCAUCCCGAGGUGUCGCCAUCCAUCAUCCUGGGAACAGUUCAACCGUCAGACCUGCAUUGUGACAGCCGAGAAUGGAGCGGGCAGGAGGAGGUUGACUUUUGGGGCUGGGGUUAUUUGGUUGGGUUUUUUUCUGAAGGUUGUUCUUUUGGCAAAAGCACGUUCCUCACACUCCACCUUCGGCUGGCGCGAGAAGUCAGAGCGAGCGCAGCAGCGUUUGCGGGUGUUUUCAGUGCAUAUUGUAUACAGCAAAUUGACGUUUACCUAGCUUUAUUAAAGAAAAUUGCACAGUAUA